GGCUCUUCCCGUAUCUUUGACAUAUGACCUUCGUGUGCUACCUGCUGUGGUUGCCAUGUGUCACUGUCACGGCGGACGCUCCUUUCGGAGGGUGGUGUCCUCCGGCGGUGCCUUCGGAUUCAUGCAGCAGUGCCAAUGCGUCAGAGGAGUUCACGGCAUCGUUGCUCAACUGGGAUGCCUUCAAGGCACUAAUUUGGCCAACGUCGAUCUCAGCCUUCUUUUUGCCACUGGCAGAUACGCUGCGGCAGAUGGAGUGCACCUCCAUCUACUGGAAGCAUUGUGACAGCUCUGCUGCGAUGAAGGAGCUGUGCUCGCUCUAUGAACAGAUCUUGUUAGCCGCACCACGCGUCCUUCAGUUGGACCUGUCGCUCCUGUUCAGCUGCUGGGCAUUCGCACGAAAACGCGCGGCGAACACGUGGCGAACACGCGCGCAAGAAAAGGGGGUUUGGUGAUCAUACACAGUGAGAGUUGAUGAAUCAUAAUCAACGAGUUUCUGACUUUCUCCAAGUGAAGAGGAUGUGACUGACUUUCUUCUUCUUGCCAAGGGCCAGUUCAAGACUCCGGCUUGACCUCCAGGUCGCUGCGGUGGGAAGCACCAGGAUGCAUUGGGCACUUUGCUGGCGGCUUGUGAGACAUCCACAUGGUCCAGCGUGAUUUGGUGGAGCCUGCGGAACCUGGCGCCUCGGAGCCGUCCAGCAGCCCUUGACAUAUGUUGACCCGCUGCCGUUGGGGGAGAACUGUACCACGCACAAGUCAUUUGACUUCAAUCAUGGUGUACUUUUGAGUGUAGUGUAGUGCUGUAUGUCAUCAGAACCCAGCAUAAUUUUGAUGUGCUGCUCCUGAAAUCCAUCCAGGCAGGACAGAGGUGAAAUCCAUUCAUUUCAGGUGAGGUUCUUGAUUGCGAUAGGAUGUGACGCAGGAGCUUCCUGAAGUUGCUGCGGAUGUUGAGA